GAGGGUAAAGAAUAAGAGAACAUUAACUUGAAAAGACAGCUGAGAAGGGAACAUGAGGAGCCCCUACGUCCAGAAAUUGUGUAAAUAGCACAGCAUCUCUACUGGUCUAACCAGUAAACAAAUGCUGGUGUGUUUACACUGGUGAAGAGAAACCUAAAGUUGGAAGAAAUCUGCAAUUUUAAGAGAAAAACUCUGUGGCUGUUAGUUUGUGGAACAAAAAGCUACUUCUUUACUGUGAUUGCUGGUGAUGUGGAGGCUGGAGCAUCUUUGAGGCGAGUGUGGCCCGGGAAUUCGUUCUGGAUUGCAGCAUUCCAGCAGUCUUUUCUUAGAUUCACUUUUACUCUCCUACUAUCUCUGCUGGUGAGCCAGAGGGUUGAAUCUUCACUCCCCUUCUAUCCCAGGCCUGCAUUUGCUGCCCAGAUCAGGUAUCACAAUGAGUGAGGAACCAAUGAAUUUCAGCAAACUUUAUUAUGAAAAUGAAGAUUAUUUUUGGACAACUAAUAAUGGGGAUUACUUUUUGGGUGAUGAGUCCUUUCUAUGUUCCUUAGGGGAUGUCAGAAGUUUUUCCAAGUUAUUUGUCCCAAUUGCUUAUUCUUUGAUAUGUGUCUUUGGUUUACUGGGAAAUAUUUUAGUGGUGAUCACCUUUGCUUUUUAUAAGAAAGCCAAGUCUAUGACAGAUGUUUAUCUCUUGAAUAUGGCCAUAGCAGACAUACUGUUUGUCCUUACACUCCCAUUCUGGGCAGUGAACCAUGCUACUGAAGCCUGGGUUUUCAGCAAUGCCAUGUGCAAACUGAUCAGAGGUAUCUACUCCAUCAACUUUAACUGUGGCAUGUUGCUCUUGACCUGUAUCACCAUGGACCGCUACAUUGCCAUCGUACAGGCAACCAAAUCUUUCAGGCUCAGAUCCCAAACACUCGCCCACAAUAAAAUAAUCUGUCUUGUUGUGUGGGUUGUGUCGAUCAUAAUCUCCAGCUCAACUUUCAUGUUCUAUCAGAAGUACAACAUCCAAGGCCAUGAUGUCUGCGAACCCAAGUACCACAACGUCUCGGACCCCAUCAAGUGGAAAUUGCUGAUGUUGGGGCUUCAGCUCCUUUUUGGUUUCUUUAUCCCAUUGGUGUUUAUGCUCUUUUGCUACAUGUUUAUUGUCAAAACCUUAGUGCAAGCACAGAAUUCUAAAAGGCACAAAGCCAUCCGUGUGAUUAUAGCGGUGGUUCUCGUGUUUCUGAUUUGCCAGAUUCCUCAUAAUAUGGUACUUCUAGUGACAGCAGCAAAUAUGGGUAGAAUGAACCGAACCUGCAGCAGCGAAAAGCUAAUGGGCUACACCAAAAUUAUCACCGAAGUCUUGGCUUUUCUGCAUUGCUGCCUCAACCCUGUGCUAUAUGCCUUUAUUGGUGAGAAGUUUAGAAACUACUUUCUGAAGAUCAUGAAGGACCUGUGGUGUGUGAGAAGAAAGCAUAAGUCAGCAGGCUUCUCUUGCUCCAGGAUGUAUUCAGAAACCUUCAUCUCCAGACAGAUCAGCGAGACAGUGGACAACGAGAAUGCAUCAUCCUUCACAAUGUAAUGUGCUUGUGUAACUGAGAACAUUUCUGGAAGUAUGUUGGAAACAUGCUAGUAGAUGAGAGGCAAAAAAUAGUCCAUGGUCAAAGACAUGGAAAUGAAGAAAUUAAAUAAAAUGAAGAAAGUGUCCUGACAGCGGAUCAGAGAUUUAAUAUGCUAACGGACGAUAUAAAUCUCUGCAUGGUGAUGGGUAAGGGUAGACUGUCACUAGUGGCAUUCCAAAGAUUGACUUGACAAAGAAUGCUUUGUUGCUCUGGUUGUAUAUCACAGGGUGGGGAUUCCACAAAACAGGUUUGGGAAAAGCUGAGUGAAAGUGGAUUCCUUACAAAUUUGAAAAUUUUCAGAAUUAUUCAUGAUGCAGCCAUAGACCACGAUUACUUCUGGUCCUAGCACAAAAUGUUAAUGUGGUUUGAAACACCAAAACAGAAACAACAAGAAGUAAAAUCCCCACAUAACUCAUUCUAGGCCAAAGGUUAAACAAUUUACCCAUCAAAAUCUAAUAAUAAGCAACAAAUUUGACCUGCUUGAGUUUUUAUCUCAUUUUGCUUUUGUGUGUACAUGAGAUUGGGAAAAAAAAAAAAAAAGAAAAUCAAGCUCAAGAAUUCAUAAACUGGGAAAACUGUGAUGGAAGGUUGAAAAGAUGGCUGAAUAAAUAUUAGUUUCA